UCGCGGAAAUAAUGCCGCCAAUAUUUUUUAUUCCAUAAAAGUUCUCCCUCACAUCUACCUCUUUACAUCACCAUCACUGUAUGUAUCAAUGGACUCUCAUUUUCUGGAAAACAAUUUGAGAUUUUGAGGCCACUGUUCAUCAUUUGUGUUGAUUUUAGAGCAACCCUUUUGAGAUUUUCAUUUAGAAAAGUUUUUGAGACAAUCCUUUUGAGAUUUAAGCUUGAAACUGGGAAAUGGAGGGUGUUUCAAGGUCUGGGAAUGAGAUUGAUGUUGUAAUGAGAGAGUUGUUGGAGGUGAUUGAGAUGGUUGGAGGGUAUAAUGGGUAUAGGAAAACUCAGAGGAAGGAGUGUUUGAAUAUGGUGAGAAGAUUGAAGCUUUUGGUGCCACUUUUGGAAGAGACAAGGGAGCUUGAUAAGUCUGUUUCUUCCGAGGCUUUGAAUUGUUUUGCUGAUUUGAAGAAAGCACUUCUUGCAGCAAAGAAGUUGUUGAAGCAUUGUAACUAUGGAAGCAAGAUUUAUCUGGCACUGGAGAGUGAGGCUGUGACUUGUAGAUUCCAUGCUGUUUAUGACAAACUGUAUCAGGCUUUGGAAGAUGUUCCUUAUGAGGAAAUGGGGAUCUCAGUUGAAGUGAAAGAACAAGUCGAGCUAAUGCGCAUGCAACUUAAAAGAGCGAAGAGGCGAACAGAUUCACAGGAUAUAGAGCUAGCUAUGGAUUUGAUGGUUGCUUUUUCUAAAGCAGACGAUCGCAGUGCAGAUGAUGCCAUUUUGGAAAGACUAGCUAAGAAGUUGGAGCUACACACCAUUGCAGACUUGGAAGAUGAAACAAUAGCUGUCAAGAAACUGGUAAAAGGGAGAGGUGGGCAGAAUGCCGAUAACAUUCAGCAAAUCAAAGAUCUUCUUGGAAAAUUUAAGCAGAUUGCAGGAGUAGAAGAAACUAUUGUGCCUGAUGGAUCUGUUACAAAAAAAACUCUGCAGAGGUGUCAAACUAUGCUAGUCCCUCAUGAAUUUCUGUGUCCAAUUUCACUGGAGAUAAUGACUGAUCCAGUCAUUGUGGCCACUGGACAGACUUAUGAAAGAGAGAGCAUACAGAAGUGGAUAAAUUCCCAUCAUUGUACUUGUCCAAAGACUGGACAAACUUUGGAUCACUUGUCUCUAGCACCCAAUUAUGCACUCCGCAACCUUAUUUUGCAAUGGUGUGAGAAGAACAAUUUUGAACUACCAAAGAAGGAUAUCAAUACGGGCUCUGAUGGCCCUUCAGCUCAACUCAUAGAGGAAAUCUCUUCUUUAGUGCAAAAUCUCUCCUCUUGUCAGUUGAACAUUAGAACGGAAUCUGUAAUGAAGAUUCGACUGCUGUCAAAAGAGAAUCCGGAACACAGAAUUUUAAUUGCCAAUAGUGGAGCCAUUCCUCCUUUGGUUCAGCUGUUGUCCUAUCCAGAUUUGAAGGUUCAAGAGCAAACUGUCACCGCACUUUUGAACUUGUCCCUUGAUGAAGCUAACAAAAGACUCAUAGCAAGAGAAGGAGCAAUUCCUGCUAUAAUUGAAAUCCUGCAAAAUGGAACUUAUGAAGCCAGAGAAAACUCUGCAGCGGCAUUAUUCAGUUUGUCAAUGCUCAAUGAGAACAAAGUAAUGGUUGGAAACUUGAAAGGGAUCCCUCCAUUGGUAGAUCUUCUGAAAAAUGGAACAAUCAGAGGCAAAAAGGAUGCAGCCACAGCACUUUUUAACUUGUCUUUAAACCAAUCCAACAAGUCCAGGGCCAUUAAGGCAGGAAUCAUACCACCAUUACUUAAACUGCUUGAGGACAAAACUCUGGGCAUGAUUGAUGAAGCUCUUUCAAUCUUAUUGCUCCUUGCAUCUCACCCAGGUGGUCGGAAUGAAAUCGGGCGACUAUCGUUCAUCAAAACACUAGUCGAAAUAAUCAAAAGUGGGACUCCUAAGAACAAGGAAUGUGCCACAUCUGUUUUACUUGAACUGGGGUUACACAAUUCAUCUUUCAUUCUAGCUGCACUGCAGUAUGGGGUGUAUGAACACUUAGUAGAGAUUACAAGAUGUGGAACAAACAGAGCUCAAAGAAAAGCAAAUUCCCUUCUGCAGCACAUGAGUAAGUGUGAACAUAUUCCAUGAAAGUUUAAAUGUACAUGUUUUCAUAUUGGUGCCACCUUCAAAUUAUGGAGAUGUAAAUUGGAAUUCAUCUUGUGUAAUAUAAAGUAUGAUUCCAAGAACAAUAUAAAGAAAGCAUAGUUUCCUUUAAUUUUGAAAGAAAUUGUGGAUUGAACUUA